UGAAAGUAAAGAGAUAAUAAAAUCAGUGAAAAGAACAAAAUGCGGAAAGCUUGUGGUGGUACGAGGCAAACGAGAGUUACACGUGCUACGAAGGAAACAGGUGGAUCAAAUCCGAGACCAGAGAGUUCAAAAACACAACAAACGGACAGGACAAAAGACGUAAAGACCUGUGCUGAAGAACGUGUCGUCAUUUUAGAAAGAGAAAAUAUGAUGCUGAGAAAAAAUCUGAACAUGGUAGAAAUUAAGAAAGAAUUUCAGAAGUCAAUUCAAGAGAGUCAUAUGGCUUCUAUGUUCUAUGAAUCUCUCCACGAUUUAGAACAAAAACUUCAACAGUAUGAGUCAUAUGCAGGAGGAUAUGUCGGGUUGCAUGCAGGAGAUCAACUUCAAAAGAAAACAGAUGAAAUCAACAAGCUGAAGAAUGAACACGAAGAAUCUAAAAGGUCAAACAGAGAACCAAUAUCAAAUCAAACAAGUGAAAUAGAUAACCUGAAGACGGAGUUGAAGAAACUAAUGAAUGAACUUGAAAAAUCCGAGAAGAGCCGAAAGAGGACCGAAAAAGAAUCUAGGAUGCAUGGAGGAGCACUACUUCAAAUGAAAAAAGAUGAAAUCAAUAAGCUGAAGAUUGAACUCGAAGAAUCUAAAAGGUCAAACAGAGAACUAAUAUCAAAUCAAACAAGUGAAAUAGAUAGACUGAAGAUAAAGUUGAACAACCUAAUGAAUGAACUUGAAAAAUCCGAGAAGAGCCGAAAGAGGACCGAAGAGGACCUUAAAGAAUCUAAGUUGCAGACAACUGAUCAACUUAAAAAGAAAAAAGAUGAAAUCAAGAAGCUGAAGAAUGAACUCGAAGAAUCUAAAAGGUCAAACAGAGAACAAGUAUCAAAACAAACAACUGAAAUAGAUAAGCUGAAGACGGAGUUGAAGAACCUGCAGGAUAUACAUGAAAAAUCCGAGAAGAGCCUAAAGAGGACCGAAGAGGACUUUAAAAUAUCUAAGUUGCAGACAGCUGAUCAACUUAAAAAGAAAACAGAUGAAAUCAACAAGCUGAAUAAUGAACUCGAAGAAUCUAAAAGGUCAAACAGAGAACAAAUAUCAAAUCAAACAAGUGAAAUAGAUAACCUGAAGACGGAGUUGAAGAACCUAAUGAAUGAACUUGAAAAAUCCGAGAAGAGCCGAAAGAGGACCGAAGAGGACCUUAAAGAAUCUAAGUUGCAGACAGCUGAUCAACUUAAAAAGAAAACAGAUGAAAUCAACAUGCUGAAGAAUGAACUCGAAGAAUCUAAAAGGUCAAACAGAGAACAAAUAUCAAAUCAAACAAGUGAAAUAGAUAACCUGAAGACGGAGUUGAAGAACCUAAUGAAUGAACUUGAAAAAUCCGAGAAGAGCCGAAAGAGGACCGAAGAGGACCUUAAAGAAUCUAA